UAAAAACCCAAGUUCGUUCUCGAAAAAAAAGACCAGCGGAAAUAUAACUUUGUGAUAAUGAAUCGUGAUUACGAUUUUCUGCGAUACGGUGAAUAAGUGAUAACAAAAGUUGAAGGUGAAGUGAUAAAUUCCAAACAUGGGAGGACGAAAAAACAUUGGAAGAAAAGUGUGUUGAAAAUAUGUGGAAAGUUCUUUAUGAUCAGAACCAUGGAGCAGGAUACGAGAAUCGUAGAGGCAGAGGCCGGAGAGCGAAAGGAUCGUGGAGGAAGACGGAGAGGGAGAGGAUCGUCGAGGAAAACGGGGUGAUCGCAAGGAUCGCGGGAGAAAAAGGUGGUGUGGGAGCAGCUCUGAGCAUUGUUUGUAUUCCCUUUGUCAGCCCGGCAUUGCGAAGAAUCUGUUUACCUUAUGUUCCCGCAACCACCCAGCAAAUAGAAAAUGUGCUGGUUGCUUUGCAAGGCCGUACCGGUUCUCUAGUGGAUUUGGGCAGUGGUGACGGUCGUCUGGUAUUGGCAGCAGCGAGAAAGGGUUUUCUGGCCACUGGAGUUGAACUUAACGCAUGGCUUGUGUUGUACUCAAAAAUUUCGUCAUCGGUUCAGGGUUUAUCUUCGCUUACAUUAUUUCAUAGAAAAGACCUUUGGAAAUUUGAUUUGAGCCGUUAUGACAAUGUGAUCAUAUUCGGAGUCGAGCAAAUGAUGGAAGAAUUGGAGAGAAAAUUUAUUAAAGAGCUUAAGGAAGACUGCAGAAUCGUUGCAUGUCGAUUCCCCUUACCACAUUUGAAACCUGUAAAAACUGUCGGCCACGGAGUCGACACAGUUUGGAUUUAUGCCAUGUCGUCCAAGGACUCCAGAUCGUCGUGAAAGUUUGUAAAAAUGUAUUUAAUUGGAACAAAAGCUCACAUUGCCGAAUUGUCAAUUGUUGAAACUAACAAAUAAUUGACCAACGAAAUUAGCAGUAUCGAUAACGGGUAUACACGGAUGGAGUAUUACAGAUUGAACGGUUGCUUCACCUUUUUUGCAAAGUAUCGCGAGAUGCAAUAUACUCGGCAAGAUUGACGAUUAUGACGUUGCAUCUUGUUGAAUUUACGAAAGACGAUAUCACAGAAGACGAAUUCUAAGCAUGUAAUUUAUCAUCGGAAAUACCGUCAACAAUUGAAAUAGUAGAACCAUCCGAGCUCCAACCCUAUGAUGAAACGUGGAAUUUUAUAAAUACAUUAUUGCUCUGAUCACGAUUAUGCUGCAUUAUCGUGAUAAUAAUAUUGUGAAUGAAAAAGGACAUGGUCAGGAUGCCAGUAAGAGCAGGAAAUGUUGAGUGAAGUCUCCAGCUAUUAUCCCAAGCUGCGGUCGACAUAUUGAUACCCCAACUGGACGAUUUCAUGAUUACGAAAACGACGAGAUACAUGACAGCAAUCCGUUCCUGUAAAUAAAUUGGAAACUUUUAUAUCAGUUUCCUUAUUCGCAAAAUCUCACUCGUGACACAGAAAAGUUAAAGCGUCGACGUACCGAGUGAAUUGAAUUUCGUAAAGAACGUCGUCGUGUUGAAGUUCAAAAGAGGAAAUAUCGGAAUGACGAGAAAAAACGGCAUGGUAUUGUAAAGAUCCCACGCAGGUCUGAGAUCGUCGUAAGUUCGGUCAGUCGGUUUCGCAUCACUACUGUGAUUAAAAAUACUUCUUGCUUCGAACAAAGGAAUUGAAAAAACAAUGAAUUUAUCAUAUAAUCGAAGGAAAAAUUAUAAAAUGGUAGAGAAAUGAAGAAAACAGUGAACCAAUUGCAGUCAAAGGCUUAUUUUUUUCAAAAACUUCAGUAAUCUCGAAUAAUUAUUUUAUCUUACAAUUAUAGAAGAAAUAUAGUAUAAUCGAUAAUGGACUUCGACUGCUUCAUUAUUUCAAACAUUAUUCCAUCAUUACGAUCGUAUUAGUGUAUGGAAAACUGGUGCCAUUGUAUAAUUGCACUGAUCUAAAUUUAAUGAAAUCAAUUUUCAACGAGCACUACUGCUCUCUGUAUUUUCUUAAGAAACUAUUAUUGAAAAGUGAACUUCUUAAUUUUAUGAGAAAGCAUUCAAAAUAACAAUCAUUGACCAAAGUUCGUGAUUCACCAUGUAAGAUCCUAUUAUAAGUGAAAGGAAAUAAACAAAUCUUUGUGAA